GAGUGAGUGCGGGGCUGGCCUGGGCGGGAGCUGUGUUGACGGGACACGUCGGGGCCAGGACGAGAAGGGACACCCGUCGAAGGCGCGCAGGGACCCGGGCAGGCCGGGGUCGCGCUGGGGCAGCGAGAUCGGGGCGGCCGGGGGUCUCCGCUGUGCCGCGGCCAGAGCGCUGGACGCCGCCUUUUAGGGUCACCGCUGGGGACCGUGGGCGGUGCCAGGAUGGUGAAGGCCAAGGUCCCGGCCCCCACGCGCGCCCCGAGCAGCCCCGCGGCCAAACCAGGGCUUGUCAAGAAGCCAAAUAGGAAGAAAAACAAGAAGGGACAGUUCUGGAAAAACAAAGCUCGAGAAGUCGGCAAGAGAGCGGAGAGCGGCCCCAGCCUUGUGGUGCGACCUCCAAAGGCACCCGAGGACUUUUCUCAGAACUGGAAGGCGCUGCAGGAGCUCCUGAAACAAAAACCACAGACCCCGGAAAAGCUUCUUGUUACCUCUCAAAUGGGUUCCAGAAAGCAGCCCAAAGCUCCCCAGUGGAACAGAAGAGUGGUCUCAGACCCCGCAAAGGGAGGUGAGGCGGAACAGCCCAGGCCAGUCAGGAGCUCAGGCCCGGAGGCCAGGGGCAGCUCUGAGCCUGCAGGAUCCCUGACGGUCGGGAAGGCGCCAGCCCCUCCCAUGAAGGCCACCAGCACAGAGCGUAAAGAGAAGGGGACCGAGAAAAAGACAAACAGUGGCAUUUCCCCAGCGCGAGGAGACGCCAAGCAUAAGAAGCAGAAAGCUGAGGCGGCAGCUCCAGCUACACCCACUGAGGAUGACAUCUGGUUUGACGAUGUUGACCCGGAGGACAUGGAGGCUGCCAUAGGUCCAGAGGCUGCCAACAUCAUGAGGAGGAGGCUGGGUCAGCAUGAAAGCAGCAUCACGCUGGUGAAGGAGCAGGGCUUCAGCGGCCUGACCAGAGCCUUGGCCUUGGACUGUGAGAUGGUGGGCGUGGGCCCCAAGGGCGAGGAGAGCAUCGCUGCCCGCGUGUCCAUCGUGAACCGGUGCGGGAAGUGUGUUUACGACAAGUACAUCCAGCCGGCAGAGCCCGUGACGGACUACAGGACAGCUGUCAGUGGGAUCCGGCCAGAGAACCUCAAGCAGGGAGAGAAAUUUGCCGUCGUCCAGAAGGAAGUGGCAGAAAUGCUGAAGGGCAGGAUUCUAGUUGGACACGCGCUGCAUAACGACUUGAAGGCACUGUUUCUUGAUCACCCGGAAAGAAAGAUCCGGGACACACAGAAAUACAAGCCUUUCAAGAGCCAAGUGAAGAGUGGAAGGCCGUCUCUGAAACUGCUCUCCCAGAAGAUCCUGGGCAUCAGCGUGCAGCAGUCGGAGCACUGCUCGAUUCAAGAUGCCCAGGCAGCAAUGAGACUCUACGUGAUGGCGAAGAAGGAGUGGGAAAGCACCGUGAAAGACAAGCACGCGCCCGCCGCCGUGCCAGACAGCCGCCGCGCGUAGCGGGCCCCGCCCCGGUGCUGUGGCAGCGCCUCGACCCGGCAACAGCACUGUGAGCGGAGCCCUGGGCCAGGCCC